CACACCCAUUUGCACAUGUUCGCCAACCCCAUCAUUUAAAAGCCACCAGCGCCGAGUUGUGUUGCUUGUCUCACUGCCCUCAUUUCAAGGUUCCCAAAAAAAGCUUUAUCCGUUUCUUGUUUUGUUGUGGGCAGAGUAUACCUAGCUAGAGAGAUUCACUAGAUAUGGGUAACAGUUUAGGGAGCAAGAAGAAAACGACCAAAGUCAUGAAAAUAGACGGCGAGACUUUUAAGCUGAAAAAUCCGGUGACGGCCGAGGAGGUCUUGAAAGAUUUCCCCGGCCACGUUGUGUUAGACUCUGAAUCCGUCAAGCACUACGGUGCCCGAGCCAAACCACUCGAGGCGAAGCAGAGGUUAGAGGCGAAGCGGCUAUAUUUCGUGGUGGAGCCUGUUAAAGAGUGUCCUCCGAGAAGGGUAAGAUCAGGAAUCCACGUGAGUGCGAAGGAGAGGCUUGAGAGCCUCAUGCUUGCCCGGAGAUCCUCUUCCGAUCUCUCCAUACUCAAACCAGCAGGAGGAUGGACGGAGGAAGAAGGAGGUGCGGUUAGGGUGAAGGUGAGGGUUCCCAAGGCCGAGCUUGAAAGACUCAUUAAGGAAGGAGCCACGGAGGCCGAAGCCACCCAAAAGAUAGCUGCCCUCUUUAUGGCCAAACAGAACCACCAAGAACCGCCUCACAACACGCGAGGAGAAGCCUUAGACCCCUCGCCCGCCGCCACGAGAGAAGUCAAAUCUCGUCUGAAACGAGUGAGUUUCGUGGCGGAAAGAGGAGGGAGCGAGAUCACCGUCGCUUGAGUUGAACCAAUACUUAGAUGAUGUUGUUUGUAGACGUACGUACGUACGUAUUAGAGUGCUUCCCAACGUUUCUUGCAAAUUCUAUGUACAUUAAACAACGCAAAACACGUUUGAGAGAAAGCUAUUCAUUCAUCCAUGUCUCCACUAUACGAAUUCGGAGUUUAUUUAUUAUUAUAGAAACAGUAAUUUAUAGGCAGAUUCAUUUGUUUGUCUCUCACCACCUUAUUUAGUGAUUACAUGUUUAAUUGUUUUUCCCGGAAGUUAAAAAAAAAUUACGAGGAA